AUGUAAAUUUAUGAAGGAAGAUAAGCUUUAGAAUGUAUUUUCAGUACAUUAAUUCCCUUUAAGGACAUUAAUUUUGAAUAACUUACAGAAUCAAGACACUCUGAAGUUGAAAAUUUAAUAUCAGAUUUCUGUUAAUUAGAUACAUUGGAUGAAUUGUUAGCUGAAUAAUUCUAAUAAUCUAUUUUACAAAUUAUCUAGAUCUCAGAUUAUUUAAAAAUAUAUCUUAAAAAUUUAACAAAUUAAUCAUAAAAUUUUGAAAAAAAAGACAAGCAAUCUAUUGUUUUAUCAAAUUUUAUUGAAGAAUAUUCAAUAGGUUCAAUUUAAUAAUAAAUGCAGUAUACUAAUUCGAAAAUUCUUAAUUAAAUGAAAGUUAAAGCUCAAAAAGAAGAAUAGAUUAUUCAUAUAGAUGAUUAGCUAAACCUUAUCCCAUUUUCUUAUUAAUUAAUACACUAGAGGUUAAUUUAAUUAAAUAAAUAUUGUUAAGCAAUAACAAUGAAUAAAGAUUGUUCACAAUUAAUAGUUGGGUGUAACAAUCAAAUUUAAGUUUAUGAAUUUCAAUAAAAUUUUUUAAGUCUAAUUCAAGUUUUAAAUAAUCAUACACAGUAUGUUAAUACUUUAAAUUUCUUUAAGAAUUCUAAUUAAUUCGUAUCAGGAAGUUAAGAUAAUUAUAUAAUAAUUUGGUCUCUGAAUAAAAACAAUAAUUGGGCAUGUUAAUAAAAAUUACAUGGGCAUACACAAGGCAUUAAUAGCUUAGUUUAGAAUAUUAAUGAAGAUAUGAUAAUUUCUGGCAGUAAUGACUGCUCUAUUAAAUUUUGGAAAAAGAAAAAUUCAUGGUUAUGCUAUCAAACAAUUAUUGAACAUAAAAAGAAUGUACUUGGAUUAAGUUUAAAUUAAUCAUAAAAUAAAUUAAUAUCUUGUGGCAGUGAUAAAUUGAUAUUAAUUCUAGAACAGUCUUAAUAAACUUCAAAAUGGGUAGUAAUAUAAAAAAUAACGCUAUAAAUAUAUGGUAGUAGAUUAUGUUUUAUAAAUGAUAAUUUAUUUGUAUUUUAGCCAGAAGGUAUAGAAUAAUUGUAUAUUUAUUAAAUGAAUAAAAAUAAUAAAUAAUAUUCUAAAACUAAAGAAUUUAUUUUGAAUGGAGGCAAAGAUGGUUUUUAUAGUUUUCCUUAAUAAUAUAUUAAGUCUAAAUGUCUUUUGGUUAGUAAGAAUGCCAAUUAUGUGAAUUUGAUUAGGAUUAUUGAAACUGGUGAGUUUAUAACAGAAUAAUCCAUUAAAUUUGGAACUAAUUUUUUAUUUGGUUAUAUGAGCGAUGAUGCUUAGUUUUUAAUAACUUGGGAUCUGGAUUCGUCAUAACUUUAAAUUAGAAAAUAUUUAGAAAAAUGA